AUGGACAGCGCAACCGAAAGACUUAUGAGAGACUUGAAUGAGAUGAGAUCUGAUCCUUUACCUUAUGCGACAGCUGAUAUUGAUGGAAACAAUUUCAGACUUUGGAAGGGAACUCUCAAUGGCCCGCCUGGAACUCCAUAUGAAGGAGGACUUUUCGAAUUUCAGCUAAAUUUCCCUGCUGAUUAUCCAACUAACCCUCCUACGUGCAAAUUUAUUACUCCUAUUUUUCAUCCAAAUGUUUAUUCAGACAGUGGAAAUGGAAAUGGAAAUGUUUGCUUGCCGAUUUUUCGUGGUGGCGUGGGCGGUGGGUGGAAUAGUAGAUUUACUCCAAAGACCAUUAUAAGCUAUAUAAUUGCUUUAUUAAAUGACCCAAAUGCAGCUGGUGGGUAUGCCCAUGACCCAACCACUGUCCUUAAAAGAAGUAAAGAUGAAUUUAUAGCGAAGGCAAGAGAGCAUACGUAUAGACACGCUAUGGGAUAA